AUUUAUGAUAACACAUGGUCAGAUUUUGAACAAGAAGAGGAGUGGAAUGUUGAAGAACCGUCCGGUUCAACUGGCAUUAAGGAAGCUUCUGAAACGUCCUCAAUACCCGUUGAACGAAAGAAUCCUUCUGUUGCGGAUCUGGUGGAUGGUAAGGUGCGAAUAGAAGAUUUUCCUCUUAUCACCGUCUGUUUUAUGGAGGAUGUCUUCUAUUCUUCGGAUAAUCGAAGGCUUUAUUGCUUCAAGGAGGCGAUAAAGCGAGGGUUGGAUGUUGACAGGAUACCCGUUCGAAUAAGACGGGUGUCUGACAUCAACAUUGGGUGGAAGAUGGAGGGAGCGUAUCGGGUGGUGCGGAACACCAAUUUUAAGGAGGUGGUGGUGAGCCCUUCGUCGAGAAACGGAAGGGUUGCUGAUG